AUGAUUCUUCCUCAGUCUCUACUUCAGAAGUUUCUUCCUGAAUCAGGUUCUACUCAUCAACCACAUGUAGUAGUUUUAUCUUUCCCUGCACAAGGCCAUGUAGCGCCUCUAAUGAAGUUGUCCCUCCAACUUGCGGCCCAUGGAGUUAUAACAUUUGUUAACGCAGAGGUCACAAAUGAAAAAAUUUUGGUUUCAUUGCCUGAGAAACUUGAGGAGCCAAGUCAGAUAAGCCUUGUUUCGAUUCCUGACGCAGGGGAUGAGGAUGGACGAAACGAUGCUGUUAAGAUGGUGGAAUCAAUGCGCAGAGCUAUGCCUGGUUAUUUUGAGGACUACUUGAUCAAGAAAAUUAACCAGUCAAAUGUCAAUGAGAAGAUCACUUGUGUUAUAGCUGAUACAUCAGUUGGGUGGGCACUAGAAGUGGCCAAGAAGGUGGGAAUAGAAGCAGUUGCAGUUCGGCCUGCUGGAGCAGCAUGCUUGGCCCUUGCACUACACGUUCCACCACUUCUUGAGGCUGAGAUCAUAAACACUGAUGGUAAAAUGGGAAUACCAAUAGUAAAUAAUGAGCCAGUCUCGCUGUCAGAGGACGUCCCUUCCUGGAGAAGCUCUGAAAUUGGAUGGAGAAGCAGUGGUCCAGUAUUGCACAAAGCUAUACUUGGAUUUUAUUCUAUCGUCCCCGAGUAUGCCAAAUUUUAUGACUGGUUACUUUGCAACUCAGUUUACGAAUUAGACUCUUCAGCCUUGAAAUUGAUUCCCAACGUCUUGCCUAUUGGUCCAUUACUAGCUAGUAACCAUUUGGGAGCUUUCGCUGGAAACACUUGGCCUGAAGACUCAACAUGCUUAGAGUGGCUUGACAAACAACUUGCUGGUUCUGUCCUUUAUGUUGCAUUUGGUAGCUCAACAAUAACAUGUGCUCAACAAGUGGAAGAACUAGCUCUUGGUCUUGAACAUGCAGGCCAUCCAUUUUUAUGGGUUGUUCGAUCAGACUUUAUGGAUAGAUCAAUUGCUAAAUUCCCUCAUGAAUUCAAAAGUAGAGUAGCUGAACGUGCAAAAGUUGUAGAAUGGGCGCCUCAGGAAAAGGUGUUGGCUCACCCUUCUGUUUCUUGUUUCAUGAGCCACUGUGGCUGGAAUGCCACAAUAGAGGGUCUAAGCAUGGGGGUACCCUUUUUAUGUUGGCUUUUGAUAGCAGAUCAAUUCAACAAUAAAAACUACAUUUGUGAUGAUUUGAAGAUUGGUUUAGAACUGUUCAAAGAUGAAAAUGGAAUCACAACAAGGCAUGAAGUAAGUACAAAGAUAAACAAAUUGCUCUCUUCUGAUGAUAUAAAGGCAAAUGCGCUGCAUAUAAAGGAAAUUGCCAGAAAGAGUUCCAAUGAAGGUGGGUCUUCUUUCAAGAACUUGAAGAUCUUUAUUGAACAUAUUAAGAGCCUUUAA